CUCGUUCAUUCCCCCUGCCUCUCCCGGCUCUCGCUCGCGUCGCCGGCCUGCCUGCCUACCUACCUUCCUCUCCUCUCCUCGCUCGCUCGCUCUGGUUCUUGGUCCGCAGGCAGGCGCGUUCCGAUGCUGUCCCACGUCGAGAUGGCCCCGGCGGCCGGCGGGUUCAAGCUGUUCGGCAAGGUCAUCACGCAGUGCGGCGUUACCGAGACGACGCAGGACAAGGCGCAGGGCUUCGUCGUCGCGCGGGAGAAGACCGAACCGGAGGAGGAGGAGGAGGAGCGCGUCCCGGCCGCGUCCCAGCGUGCUGCGAUCAAGCGGGAGGCCGCGGACCGCGACGAGGAGGAUCGUCAGGGGGCCGGGGAGGCAGCGGGGCAGCCCACGCAGCGGCGGUUGCAGGACUCGGCGGAGGCACGUGCGGCCGCCGCGGCGCCGCUGCCGUGCCCGCGCUGCCGGAGCCGGGACACCAAGUUCUGCUACUUCAACAACUACAACGUCAACCAGCCGCGCCACUUCUGCAAGGCCUGCCACCGCUACUGGACGGCCGGCGGCGCGCUCCGCAACGUCCCCGUCGGCGCCGGCCGCCGCAAGAACCGUCCCCUCGGCCCCAUCGCCGCCGCCCACCAUCACCACCACCACCACCGCGCGGGCGCCGGCUUCGUCCUCGGCUUCCCCAACCCCUCGUCCCCCACCUCCCCGUCACCGGUCUACACCGAUCGGUGGCCGGUCACCCCGGACCGCCCGUUUUGAUCCCGCCACGCAUCCAGUCGAACCGGCUUGGACAUGAACUAGCCCGGGUCCCUUUGACUUGCUGCUGCCUGCAGCUGAGUUGCGGAGGCUAGCAUGCUUGCUUGUACGUGAGACUUACACAAACACAUGGGAUGGAGAUGGAGAUGUCGAAUGGGCUUUUCUCUCUGUUUCUUUUCUACUCUUGCUAGAGUACACCAUCAUAGCAUGCACGCAGCUUCUCUCUCCAUAACUACUGCUAGAGUUUGUGUCUUCCUCUUCUCCUCCUUUUGUUGUUUUCUUAAGGUUGCGGGUGUAAUGUCAGCAGUGGAAGUGAUGAGGUUGCGGAGGCAAGUUGCAAACUCCGUGGAAAA